AUGCUACGCCGCCGCCGAUCUGCAACUCUCGUUUCCAGUAAUCUCCUCGCCACGAGCAACGCCGUCAAAUUGAAUGGUGUCAGCUUCUUCUCCUAUUUUACCGGCAAACCUAACUGCUACUUGGCUCGUUGUUGGUCGCAGACUACUAGUACCCCUAGAGUCCAAACUUCGUGUUGUUAUCGUCAGACGUCUUUGAAAGCUGCGACGUCGUCAAUGAAACCUAAGGCAGAAUCAGGUCCUAACAGUGACGGAAUUGGAAUCGUCCGUUUCUUAAGAGGAAAAAGCUAUCUCGUUACUGGUGCAACAGUGUUGAUUGAGAAAUUGUUGAGGGAAAGUCCUGAGAUUGGGAAGAUCUUCUUUCUGAUGUGUUCCAAGGAUCGAGAAUCAGCAAACAAGAGACUCUACGAUGAGAUCAUAAGCUCGGAUCUGUUCAAGCUUCUGAAGCAGAUGCACGGGAGCUCUUAUGAAGCCUUCAGGAAUAGCAAGUUAAUUUCAGUAAUUGGAGACAUUGGAGAAGACAAUCUAGGGAUCGAACCUUAAAUAGCAGACAUGUUGAUUAGUGGGGAGAUUGAUGUCAUUAUCAGUUGUGGUGGUCGUACAACAUUCGACGACAGAUACGACUCUGCCCUAAAUGUCAAUGCUCUUGGACCCGAUAGGCUCUUAAGCUUCGGAAAAGAAUGCAAAAAUUUGAAACUUUUCCUCCAUUUUUCAACUGCUUACGUGACUGGCAAGAAAGAGGGGACAGUACUAGAAACUCCUCACUGUAUCGGAGAAAACAUAACUUCUGACUUGAACAUCGAAUCAGAGCUAAAACUAGCUUCCAAAGAUGUAAAAAAGUUCCAUGGCUGCGAAGAAAACAAGAAACUGAAAGAACUCGGCUUGAAAGAGCUCAACACUAUGGGUGGGAAAACAGUUACACAUUCACAAAAGCCAUAGGGGAGACUAUAAUUAACAGCAAUCGAGGAGAUUUGCCUGUGGUGAUCAUAAGGCCUAGUAUUAUCGAAAGCUCUUACAAGGAGCCUUCCACUGGCUGGAUCCAAGGAUUAAGGUUUAAAAAUUGUUUUUUUACAAGGAACUAUAAUAGAUUAGCUUGUGUUUUUUUAACUGAAAAUUAACACUUGG